UCCCGCCGAGCGCUCGCUUGCCGCCCGGCCGCACAUGUGUUUCUGUUUUGUGUUGUAGCAUUUGUUCUGGAAGCUCGUAUUUACAUUUUAAGUGUAUCUGGCGAGUGGGCUGGAGCCCUCGUCCGGGCCGGGAAGAGAAAGCAGCCCUCCGGCCCGCCUCGUAGUUGCUCCUCUUCCCUUUUCGGUGUUCGCAUCACUCCAACCAGCCGGCGACCAUGCCCAGGAAGAAGGCGGCGGCGGCGGCGGCGGCCUGGGAGGAGCCGAACUCGGGCAACGGCACGGCUCGCGCUGGGCCCAGGAAGCGCGGCGGCCCGGCGAGCAGGAAGCGCGAGCGGCCCGAGCGCUGCAGUAGCAGCAGCGGCGGCGGCAGCAGCGGCGAUGAAGACGGGCUGGAGCUCGACGGGCCGGCUCGCGCCGGGGCUUUGAGGUUCCCGCCGCCACGGCUCCGGCGCCCCGGGGGGGCGGGGCCUGCCGCGCUUUGCGCAUGCCCGGUGUGCACCCUGCGCGUUCCUGGCGCGCACGGGAAAGGCGGGGGCCGCGGGCGCCGAAGGAAACUUGAAGGGUCUAAGUGCAGAGGGCAGCUUUUGAUUUUUGGGGCAACCAACUGGGACUUGAUUGGUCGGAAGGAAGUGCCUAAACAGCAAGCUGCCUAUCGCAAUCUUGGCCAGAAUUUGUGGGGACCCCACAGAUAUGGGUGCCUGUCAGGAAUCCGGGUGCGGACGGUGGUCUCGGGUUCAUGUGCCGCCCACAGCCUCCUCAUCACCACAGAAGGGAAACUGUGGAGCUGGGGUCGAAAUGAAAAGGGGCAGCUGGGCCAUGGUGACACCAAGAGAGUGGAAGCCCCCAGACUCAUCGAGGCCCUCAGCCAAGAGGCGAUUGUGCUGGCAGCAUGUGGGCGCAACCACACCCUGGCGCUGACGGAAACUGGUUCCGUGUUUGCCUUUGGAGAGAAUAAGAUGGGCCAGCUGGGCCUCGGCAACCAGACAGAUGCUGUUCCGAGCCCGGCCCAGAUAAUGUACAACGGCCAGCCCAUCACCAAGAUGGCCUGCGGGGCUGAAUUCAGCAUGAUAAUGGACUGCAAAGGGAACCUCUACUCCUUUGGGUGUCCUGAGUAUGGCCAGCUGGGGCACAACUCGGAUGGGAAAUUCAUCGCAAGGGCGCAGCGGAUAGAGUAUGACUGUGAGCUGGUGCCCCGGCGGGUGGCCAUCUUCAUCGAGAAGACCAAAGACGGGCAGAUCUUGCCUGUCCCGAAUGUGGUGGUUCGAGAUGUGGCUUGUGGUGCCAACCACACGCUGGUCCUGGACUCCCAGAAGCGUGUUUUCUCCUGGGGCUUUGGCGGCUAUGGCCGGCUUGGCCAUGCAGAGCAGAAGGAUGAAAUGGUGCCUCGCUUGGUGAAGCUCUUCGACUUCCCAGGACGGGGUGCGACCCAGAUCUACGCGGGUUACACCUGCUCCUUUGCCGUUAGUGAAGUGGGUGGCCUGUUUUUCUGGGGGGCCACCAACACCUCCCGAGAGUCUACCAUGUACCCGAAGGCCGUGCAGGACCUCUGUGGCUGGCGGAUCCGGAGCCUGGCUUGUGGGAAAAGCAGCAUUAUUGUGGCAGCAGAUGAGAGCACCAUCAGCUGGGGCCCAUCACCGACAUUCGGGGAACUGGGAUACGGGGACCAUAAGCCCAAGUCUUCCACUGCAGCUCAGGAGGUGAAGACUCUGGACGGCAUCUUCUCAGAGCAGGUGGCCAUGGGCUACUCACACUCCUUGGUGAUAGCUCGGGAUGAGAGCGAGGCGGAGAAGGAGAAGAUCAAGAGGCUGCCCGAGUACAACCCGCGCACCCUCUGAGGUGGCGCCUGCCUCCCCUUGUGGCAGCUGUCGUUCCAUGCGCACUGGGACCGGAAGUCAGACCAGGAAUUUAGGAAGCAAAAGUUGACCGAAGGUGCAUCUUCGUAAGCCUCCCUGAGGUUCCAUUUUCUAAGUGAUUCAACGUUAACUACGUUUUUCUGUACGCUUUCCAAAGUGGUUUUUUUUUUUUUUUCGCCUCUCAAUGUUUAAUUAAAAUAUUUGCUCAUAGUUGGCUUGCCUUGCCUACAAAGAGGCAGGAACUUUGAGCAAUUUAGUUUUUUUUUUUUAAGUUGUAUUUCUUUUCUCCCCUCCUAAGUACACUUGCCCAGCCCUCCUGUUCCAGUUGUAAUUAAUUAGCAUUGUGAUCCGAGUGGGUGCCACGUGGGAGAAAAAUUGCCAUUUUCCCAGACAGAAACGGCCCUCCCAGGAACCAGCAGCAUCUAGGCCGAGACGUCCCUGGUGGUCAGUCUCGAUGCAAACUCCCGCCUGUGUGUUUGGGAGGCUGGUCAGUUGCCUGCUUUUCCCCCCACAGACUGGCUGAGGCUGGUGCUCAUGCUGUUGCUGGUCUUUGCUGCCUGUAAGACCCAUAGCCUUUUGGCUGAAGUGUUCAUAGAACUAGCCAUUCCCCCCUGGUGGGGGCUUUGGGGGUCUGUGUUAGCCAUUUAUCUCUACUUUAGCUGUCAGAGAAGCCCAGAUGAGAAUUGGAACCAGGGAACCAUGGGGUGCAGGGGGUGGGGUAGAGGUGGGGAACCUUUGCAUUUGUUGAAGGCCUGGUUUUAUGGCUCCCUGUGGAGCCCAGGCUGUUGCUAGUGCUUGCCAGUUAGAGAUUGAUCAGCCAGCAGUCAAAAGUGCUUUCUCAGCCCUCUAAGGAUGGACCAGCCCUCUGUCAAGCCCACUGCUGUCGCCUGUGUGCUUCACCUGUCCGCUCCUGCUGUGGAACGGCCGCCCUGUUCUGAGACUUGGCCCUGAUGCUCUUUGGUUGCAUCUGUUUGGCUCUGGUACCAAAUAAUUGGGAUUCCUGACGAAGUCCCCUGCACACAUCAGCGCAGAUGCUGUGACUGCCACCCACGUCCCCCACAAGUGCCCUCUGCCCGAGCCCGUCCUGGCGUUGACUGCGUGGCUGAGUUCCGAGGUGCCUUUCCCGGAUCCCUCCUCGAGAACCCGAGUGAGGCGGUGGCUCGGGCUGGGGCUCUUGGCUUCCAGAGGGUCUGGGCUGGUUUGGGUGCUUUAACUAGGGUUUAGCUUGGUGGUGCUUUGCAGGAGAGGGACAGGGAGCUACGUGUGAGGCUGGGUGGGUGGGAAAGUUAAAUUCUGGUCUUGAACUUUUGGUUUUGCUUUUGCUCUUGUGACCACUUGUUACUGUCUCGAUGUUAAAAUGCCAAAAAUGAUGUAGUCAUUGCUGUCCUCCCUGUCCUCCAUUGCCCACACUCCACAGUGGCUUCUGUCCUUCCGGGGAUGUGUGUGUUUCUUGGCUGGUGCUGUGAUCUUGCAGGAAUGGGAUUGCAUUCCCACUGUCCCAUCCUGUAUUUGGCUGUAAUCAGUCCAGGUAGCAAGUCCCAGCAGUGCUUCAGCAAAACUAACCUGCUUUGUCCAAGUCCCCCGGACACCUCCCCUCACUUCCAUGUGUGCAGGACCCGAGUUCUGGAAUUCUGCUCAGUGUCUGCUCCUUGUACCCUGGAGGUCUCCCUGGAGUUGUAUGGUCACCCAGAGGGUUGAGGAUGUGCAGUGACCCUGGGCUGAGCUGGGCUCAGAUCUUCCAGGGAACAAACCUAAAACCAGCAGCCAGCCAGCCUGGCGAGAGCCCCUUCCAGGGAAGGGUAGAAAGGACCUCCCAGGAGACAGCCCCUGUGCCUGGCCACCCUGCCUCCUUUGCCUAAAAUUUUCAUCUGAGCUUCCCCAAAGGGAAACCCCUUUAGAACAGGAGAAUGAUACUGAAGUCCUGGGUGGGUUGCUCUGCCUGGCCCGUGGGCUCUGGUCCUCCGGUCAGGAAGGAGGGCUCAUGAAGAAGGUGGAAGGAGGGAACAAGAGGGUGUUGGGAUCUGGUUGAAGGUGCCUGGUUUAGUGCUGUUAAUUGUCUUAUUUUUUUUAUAUAUAUUUCUUGGAGUAAACAUUUUAAAUAAACAGCAUCAUUGUUUACUCUG